ACCAUUGAGCUAAGACAGUAAUUCAAGUAGUUGAAACAAGCUUGUUUCAUAUUUGAUUCAUCUGAAAAUGGGUGGUUCAGUAAUGCUAAUGAUUAUGAUAGGGUUACAAAUUCAUUAUACAGUUCUUGCAAUAUUGACAAAAGCUGCCUUUUCAGAUGGAUUGAGUCCAACCAUCUAUGUAAUGUAUAGGCAAGGCAUAGCCACUUUGGCAUUGGCACCUUUCAUCUUUCUCUCUAAUAAGAGGAGACGAUCUUUGACGACAUCAGUAGGAUUAAAGGGUUUCUUUUGGAUGUUUAUGACCUCUCUUUUUGGGGUUACUGUAAAUCAGAAUGCAUAUUUUAGUGGAUUAUUCUAUGCAUCUUCUACCGCAGCUACUGCUAUGACUAAUUUGAUACCUGCAUUAACUUUCGUAUUUGCAGCAAUUUUGGGAUUUGAGAAAAUCGACCUUCGAAGUUUAGGAAGCGUGGCCAAGAUAUUAGGGACAAUUUGUUGUGUCAGUGGAGCCUUAACCAUGGCAUUUCUCAAAGGGAAUAAGUUGUUACACAUGGAUUCUAUAGGUCUCACUGCAAGUGAAGAUGAUAAUUGGAUUCUGGGUUGUUUGUUGCUCUUAGCAAGUAGUGUUUUUUGGUCAUGUUGGAUGAUUAUGCAGGUUCCGAUUUCUUCGUACUGCCCGGAUCAUGUAUUUUCGACUUUUUGGAUGUGUUUAUUCGCAACGAUACAGUCGACUAUAAUGGCUGUGAUCCAAGAACAUGAUCUUCAAGCAUGGAUUUUGCAUUCGACGUUAGGAAUUUCAUGCUGUUUAUAUUCGGGAAUUGGCAUUGCGAUUAGUUUUUUCAUUCAAUCAUGGUGCAUAUCACAGAGAGGUCCAUUGUACUGUGUAAUGUUCAACCCUCUAGCAGCUGUUUUUACAGCUUUGGUAGCUGCUACGUUUCUGCAUGAACAGCUCUACGUUGGAAGUUUGGUUGGGGCUAUUGGGGUGAUAGUUGGUUUGUAUAUUGUGUUAUGGGGAAAAGCCAAAGACUUUGAUGGGACCAAACAAGAACAACCACAAUCAAAGAUGGAGGAUGGUGAAAGAAGUAAUAGAAUAGAUUUGGAAGAACCACUUGUUGCAGAGAAAUCAGAAUAUGUGGCAGAGAUAAAGAUGGAGGGCAGUGAAAGUUUAGCACUCAGAUUGAAGAAAUAAAAACUCGAUUAGUUUCUUUACUAGCUAGAAUUGAUUAUGAUAAAUUGAUUGUAACAUUAUUUCACUUUAUGCAUUAGGCUGUGCUUCUAUAUGCGUGACAAAUUUCAAGAAAUAUAUUAAUGCUUUGCUUAUACAA